CCCGUCUUGGAUUCCUCCGCCGGCGCGGGCCUUCGCGGCGAGCGCACUUCCGGGUCCGCCAUUUUGUUGCCUCCAUUUCUCCGCGAGGGGGGGUUCCAGGCCCCCCAAAUGUGCAUACACGAAAAGGCCAAAAGGAACCGCCACUGACAGGGGCUCCUGAGUAGCGGAGGGGCCGGGGCCAAGCUGGCGGGCGCGGCGAGCGCGCAGGCGGCGGCGCCCCGCGCGAGGAGCUUCCCGAAAACUUUUGUUCCUAUGCAUAAAGAUGUCUUUGGUGGACUUGGGGAAGAGGUUGCUAGAAGCAGCAAGAAAAGGCCAAGAUGAUGAAGUGAGAACAUUGAUGGCAAAUGGUGCCCCUUUCACCACGGACUGGCUUGGAACCUCACCCCUCCACCUUGCAGCCCAGUACGGCCAUUAUUCCACAGCAGAAGUACUCCUCCGGGCAGGCGUUAGCAGGGACGCGCGGACCAAAGUGGACAGGACGCCCUUGCACAUGGCCGCGGCUGAUGGACAUGCUCGCAUCGUGGACCUGCUCGUUAGGAACGGCGCAGAUGUGAAUGCCAAGGACAUGCUGAAGAUGACAGCGCUGCACUGGGCCACAGAGCACCACCACCGGGACGUCGUGGAGCUGCUUAUUAAAUACGGCGCUGAUGUCCAUGCCUUCAGCAAGUUUGAUAAAUCUGCCUUCGACAUCGCCCUGGAGAAGAACAACGCUGAGAUCCUGGUCAUCCUUCAGGAAGCAAUGCACAACCAGGUGAACGCUCACCCCGAGAGAGCCGCGCCGGUGACCGUGGCCACCCCUUUCCUCUUCACGUCAGGAGAGGUCGUCAGCCUCGCCAGCCUUGUUUCUUCAGCCAACACCAAAACAGCCUCAGGUGGCCCCCAUGCCUCCUCAGCAGCACACUUCUCAAAUUGUACCACCUCAGUGCUGGCCCCCCUCGCAGCUCUUGCUGGGGCAUCAGCCCCCCUCGCCAACUCACACAGAGCCACAGCUAAUACAGAAGAGAUUGUGGAGGGAAAUUCUGUUGAGUCAUCAAUCCAGCAAGUAGUAGGGAGUGGAGGCCAAAGGGUCAUCACCAUAGUCACUGAUGGAGUCCCUCUAAGCGGUAUCCAAACUGCAAUUCCUGCUGGAGGCCUUGGCCAGCCCUUUAUUGUCACUAUGCAAGAUGGACAGCAAGUUCUAACGGUACCCGCCGGUCAGGUCGCAGAGGAGACUGUCAUUGAAGAAGAGGAAGUAGAAACAGAGAAGUUACCACUGACUAAGAAGCCAAGGGUAGAAGAGAUGACUGACAGCGUGGAGGAAAACAAGGAAGACACAGAGAGAGAGUUACUGCAGCAACAGCUCCAGGAGGCCAAUCGAAGAGCCCAGGAGUACCGACACCAGCUGCUGAAGAAAGAGCAGGAGGCAGAGCAGUACCGCCUCAGGCUGGAGGCCAUGGCCCGGCAGCAGCCCAAUGGAGUUGACUUCGCUGUAGUUGAAGAGGUGGCUGAGGUAGAUGCUGUAGUGGUCACAGAGGGGGAGAUGGAAGAGAGAGACACGGAAGUGACUGGGGCAGAAGGGACCACAGAGCCUCAUGCUGGCGUUUCCAUGGAAACAGUUUCAUCUUAACGUGCCAGGUCCGCAACUUGUAUUGCGUCCAUCUUUUCCUUCCUUGUGAAAGAAAACACAGAGGACAAACAUUAUAUAAAAAUUAAGAAUGUCCUUAAGAAGAAAACUAAGCGGGGUACAGUGUUGGGGCUUAGGAAGGCUCUCUGCACAACUGGAAAAUUGAAAGCCAAAUUUAGGGAACACUUCCGCAAGGCCGAGAGAAGAUGGACGGAACUUCUCAGGUCACGUCUUUGCUGGAGCAUGAAGCUGAGGGAAGGCUGGACGUCAUAGUUGCUUAUUUUUUCAAUAACUGACUUUCUAACAAAAGAUUUUAAGAUGAUAUUCCUAAUAUGGAUACACCCAGAGCCUUUAAUAAUUUGUCUCAGAUUUUUGAGGUGUACCUGCUAGAGGAGAAAGCUGAUUAGGGUGGGAGGCUGCAGCAUGAGAAGCAAGCUCUGGGGAAGAGAAAGGAAGAGCUUCUGCUUCCCCGGCAGCAGGCAUUCCCCACCAUCCUGAGUCAGUUUCCCUGAAAAGGAAUGUGAUUGCUUGAUGACAUUUGCAUUCAUUGUGUGGCCUUAGUUCAGAUGUCAAAUUAAGAAACUGAAAUAGAAUUUUUAAAAACUGGAAGGGGAGGAAAACUUGUUUAUGCGGGAGAAGUGUAUGUAAGUCCAGAAUCCUCCAGGCUGUGCUUCCCCAUGCUGGAAAGUGGCCAGGAAGAGGCUUGUGGGGUUAUGAAGCAAUCUGGUCUCAAGAUACAAACUUUGCUCUGGCUGCAUUUUGUAAACUCACAAUCAGGCCGGUAGUCUGUUGUUAGAACAACUUGCUCCCAAACACUUAUUUAUGUAAUAUCAAGCUUUAAAAUCAACUCUUAAUUUCAUAAGAUUUUGCUGUUUCCUAAGUGCCUUUCGUGGAACUUACAUGGUAUCCUCUGACAUGCAAAAAAGGUAGAAGGCGUAAAUGCUGAGGGUUGUGUAGUUUUUGUCUCCACUAGACUUGGGGAGAGUCAGUGGCUCUGCAGGCGGCAGGGUCACGGCUCCUUAUAGGUGCUCGGUGUGUGCGCAAAGGGAGCAAGCUGGCAAGCGGAGGGAGCUUGUGGGCAGAUACUUAGGCUGCAUUGCCCCCGAUUGCCCCCUGCCUCUGUGCCCGCUCCCUUUGCCCAGACACUUGCAGCGUGUGUCAUUGCUGGGUUUUCUUUGUGUGUCAACUUGGAGUUUUCUCCGAAAGAGAGUAUGGAUGGAAAGAGAGCGGUCGUGGAGAAAUUACAUCAUAGAGGUUAUCGUCUUUGAAAUUGAGCCCUCAUCAUUCUAGACUUGCUUGCUUGCUUUGUUGUAGAUUAGAAGUCGAAACCAGAGGGAAAGGUGCCAAGUAAACAUUUGAAUGACUGUUUAGAAUACAGUUUUCUUAAUUAGCGAUCGUGGAGAAAACAUACAUUUUUAAUUUGGCAUAAAACUUGACAGUUGACAUGGUUCUAUUUACCUUGAUUAGUGGAGUAAUUUGCUGCAGCUUUCCAGAGGUGCAGAAUCAUUUGGGGGCAUAAAAUAGACUGAAAAAUUAACUCCCCAAACCAAAUUCAACAAAUAGGAUUGACUAGUAAAAGCUUAUAGGCAAAAAAAGAAAAAAACAUUUUGAAGUUAAUCUUGGCUACUGGCCACCUUAACUAGGGUUUCUCAAGGACUUGAGCACUGGGCCCUCAAGAGGACCAGAGACCGGUUUGGGGUGACGGAAAAUGUGGUGGGACAUUGUAGGGGCAGGUUUUCUGACCCAGCAGACCGGGUCGAGGAGGAGUCAGAGGCCUCAGUGGCUUUUGCGGGUCCUUUAUUUAGAUUUACCAGGCACACGGCGGGCAGGGGCGCCGGGGGGGCACCGGGAGGCUGGCAGUCCUCCAGCCCCCAGCACAUCCUCACUCCGUCCGGGCUCUCGGGCGUGCUCUCUGCUUCUCUUCUUCUUCUCUCGGCUUCCGUUCGUUCUUGGCUUCUGCUGGCGUCCCCGCGCCGCCGCCCUUAAAAACUCAGUCUCUCAGCCCAGGUGCACCCACGGCAGGUGCCGCCAUCAGGCCUGCAUUCGGGACCUCAGGGUUCCCUCAUCUGUCCUGAUGGCGGGAGGCAGAAAAGCCUGAUACUUUUUCCUUACCCUACAGAGAUCCCAGGUCAGGGCGCAGAUAAAAUGCGGUCUCUGCUGUCGGCUCUUCCUGGUUGCCAUGUUCUCUUUCUCCGAGCGCCCCUUUGAGCCGGGCGCUAACAAUACGCUGCUAUUGUGUCAGAGCUUUGCUGCUUGACUGGAGGGACCAAGCCUCGGUGUAGAUGUACCUGCUUCUGUUCUUGGUGUGUAUAUUGACUUUAAUUCUUUUUUCCCUCCUUCCUAUUAAGGGAGUGGAGGCUGAUGGUGCAGGAGCGUCCAGGCCCAGCUGCCUCACUCUCUGAGGUGGUGUGAUCCGGGCGGGAAGUUCCACCCACCGCUCCCUCCAGAGCACGGGCGUCCCUGCCACCUCAGGCUCUGACUUCCUGUGGAGGCUGUCGUCCCACCCGGAAAAUCUCUGUUAUAGCCCAAGUCACCUUUGAUAACGGAGGGUCUCUGAGGUAGGGAGAAGAGCGAGAUGGGAAGAUGUCGGAAAGGAGCGAGGUAGCCAAAAAAAGUAUUUGUUUUUAUUUACUUGGAAUAGACCUUUUAGCAUCCCGGAGAAUCAGAGAAUGCGUCCCAGGACUUGAUCUCCAGAGGAGGUGCCAUGGCAGAGAACGGUAGAUCAGGGUCCCCUGACCCCGUGGUUGCGCAUUGAACAUGAAAUGUAUGACGGGAAUACGGUUUAUGAUUUCGCAUCUUUCUGGAUCAGCCAUGGAAGUUGGGAAAUGUGGCUCCACCUCCUGGGUUAGGGGAUUCCAACUGGCGUAUUGGCAGGGUUGGACUAGAGAAUCAAGUAAACAAAUGGCGAGCGUUGGUGUCUGAGCAGGAGAACGGUGGAGCGGGGCUGGCUGCCCUCCCUGAAGUAAAGCUGCUUUGACAAUGUCAGUAUUAGUGCAGCAAUUUCUAGACUCUAUCUGCAUUUUGGUCCUAAGCCUUCCCCCGAAAGAGAAGUACAUCUUCAUAUUUCUGUUCUUGUUCCUGGCUUCAGGGAAAUUAAAAAUGUGUGAACGUACAUUCCCUUGCUGUCACUACCUCUUGCUCCUGGUGCCAGCCAGCACCGAGGUCUCUUCAUUGAAAUGUGGGAGAACUUGGCUUCAGGUGUCUAUGUUUUGAACUCAGUGCCUUCAAAGAUGUUCUUUUUCUCUGUCAGACUGUGUUUGGUCUUGUUGGCUGGCCUUCCCCUCUCUCCAGCUUUAUCAUUGCAGAGUUAAAAUGUGUCUCCUCAGUGGUGUUAGAAAUAUUUGGCAUUCGAAUUACUUUUUCUUUGUAUUGACGUAAAAGAAAUGUUUACCAGAGGCCCCUCCAGUUGAAGCCAGGUGUGUGGCCAGCGCACCUGAGGCCCCUUGCGGGGCUGCGCGCACGUGUUCACAAGCCACACGAUUCCCCUCGUUUCUCUGCGAGGCUCAGCGAUAAAGUUCCUGGUGUAACCCGUGAGUACUUUCAUGUCAGCAGCCGCGUUCCAGGCUCCCUGGAAGGGGAAGACAGAACAUCCCUUUGGCCCUCUGGCGGAGGUGUGCUGUGGCGGGGUGAUGGGAAACCCGCGGGAGGCUGUCCCGGGCCUGGUUCAGAGAGGCCUGUCUGCGGCGUCUGGGUCUGGCGGGUGACUGCAGGUGAGCCUAGAGGUUGGAGCGGAGCAGCGUCUCGGGGGAGCUGGACCUGCCCCUCCUCCGCAAGCCUCCCCUCCUGGGGCUGCUGUUUGACUGGCCCUUGUGAAAUCUCGCCCACCUCCGAACACGGGGCAGAAGGCCCUGGCCAAGCACCCACACGCUGCCCCUCUCCCCUCCCAGCCCGCGAGCGCAUCCUCUGCGGCCGGAGCUCUGUGACAAGUGCCGCUCUCCUGGUCUCCGGCCCCAGAAGGCUGGUGUGGAGCGGGCGUCAGUGCCCCGCGGAGAAGCAGUGGCCAGGACGGACUGCGU